AUGCCUCCAAGCGACACACUGAUUCACACUGGUGAUCUUUUGACUGCUGUCUACUACGUGGUAAAAGGCAGUUUAGAGGUUGUCACUACUGACGAUCUGAUUUUGGGCGUAUUGAACCCCGGCGAUUUCUUCGGCGGUCUGCCUACAUUAGUCAUGCGGACCCCGGCGGAUCGGAUGCACUUUUACCCGUGCGAAUGCGCGCUCCUACCACCUACAACCACUGCAGGUGGUGCUCCUCCUGGUGGUGUUUGGCCCACCUCAACUCUUGCUCUCGGUAUGACCGCACAGCACAACCCACCGCCCAAAUCUCGUUUUGCGGUACGUGCAUUGACCUAUGCAGAUGUGCAGUUUAUCGACCGGCACGAUCUGGUCGAUUUGUGCGCAGUGUAUCCGGAGUUGCCAAACCGAAUCUUGGAACGAUUCGAAUUGACCAUCCCACUCGCCUCGUCCGCCACUGGCAUGCAUUCAACCGCGAAGGUGACAGCUUCGUGGUUCAGUGCCCGGUCCACCCUCGAGACAUUUCUCACCACUUGUGCCGCUUGGAACGCGGUUCCGGCAGCCGUACUUUCCACCACUGUUCCUCUGUCCAUGCGACGCCCAUCACGCGUGGACGGAAUGGGAUACGCAUUUAGUAAAAUGUCCGAAAUCUUCUCCCCUUCUCGACCAAUUUGGGAACUGGAACGACUUCAACGCCUUUUUGAUCAUGGCACAUUGUGCUCCAGCAAUGCGGACACACCAGCAGUUCAUCCGUACACCGGGUCAGUUCACAAUCCGGCUGGUGGUGGACAUGGAACCCAUUUGUACGGCGGUGUGUUUCAGCGAUCUAGUCCCGUCACUACCUCGGCCGUACCCAACCGAACCGAUCGGGAGGGUACGGGGACCACUUUGACAAACACGACGACCAAUACCACCUCGAUGAGCCCGUCUCAUGGGGCUUCCGUUUUUCCCGCUGAUCGCCCAUCCCCACAAGAUCGACGCAUGCGCAUGCUCCAGGGUCGACCUCGAUCUCCAUACGAUUCGAGAAAUCUGGGACCACAGCAGUCGCAUUCAACUCCGACCGGAAUGCUACAACCGCCGAAUCAUGAUCAAUUUAACAAUCCCGAACCAGCCAGGCCGCUCAGUGACGUCGAUACCCGAAUCAUGCAGCUAUUGAUUGCUCGGUUUGCCCGUGUUGAACGGUAA